AUGACUACCCUUGUCCUACUCGGCCUUGCCAGCCUUGCCCUGGGGUCUGUGACCAUCGUCGACCCCAGCAACUACGCCGACCUUGCCGCCGAUACCGCCGACAACGCCCUCCUGGCCAACUAUUGGACCGACAAUGGUGGCCCGCAGGAGCUGAUCUACAACAUCACCGGUCCAUAUUACUUUUCCGCCACCGACGGUGUGGCGCUUGCUCACCAAGUGCUGUCCGUCGACGCCAACGACACCUCUGUGGUGGUCAUCACAGAAGACUCUGCAGUCAACCUGUCAUACGUGACAGUGGUCAAGGAGGGAUACGCAACCUGGCUGAACCAGGCGAGCUUUUUCGGCGUCAAUGCGGCCGUCAACGUCGCCAACGCGUCGACCGCGUACAUCGACCACAGCAACAUCACCGUCCACGACGGCGCCGCCAACAUCUACGCGUAUGGGACGGGAAGCGCUGUCUACGUCAGCGACGUGGACCUGUAUAGUUCCGGCCCGGUCUCGCACGGCCUGUACGCAGCGGGCAACGGAACCAUCUACGCCAAUAACAUCCGGCAUUACUCCGGCGGCAACCGGGCCUCUUCCUUCUCGGGCGAUAAUCCGGGCGGAUAUCUGUACGUGACGGACGCCGUGGCACACACGGCAGGCAUCGGAAGCGCAACCUUCUACACCCUGGGCAAGAGCUACGGAACGGACGUGGUCGGGCGGACGGACCAGGCGCCCAGCGUCUUCUCCGACGGGGCGCAGAGCUCCGUGUUUGUGCGGGUGGACUUGACCGCAGGCCUGCUGGCGGGAACGGUGCUCUUCUGCUCGGCGGAUCGGCAGAGCGGAGCGGAGUUGAGCUUCACGGAUUCCCGGCUCACCACGCUGGGGUCGGAUAUGGCGGCCCUGUGGUUCGGAAAUGUCAUUGCUGAUGUGCAGCUCGUCGCCACGGAGAUCAACACCACCUCGGGCAUUCUGGUGAUUGCCAACUCGUCGCAGGUGACCCAGGCCUUUGACUAUUUCGCCGGCUCGGAGGAGAACUCGGCCAUCCAGCCCGCGGAGGUUACAGUGCUGGUGGAGGAGUCGGAUCUGCGCGGCGAUCUGGUCGCUUACAACGGCAGUUCCAUCGCCUGGACUCUCGCCAGCUACUCCUCGUGGACAGGGACUGCCUAUUCCGCGACCGGCAAGGGCUAUCUCGGGGUUUACCUGGAUGAGACCUCGACCUGGACGCUGACGGACAAUGUCGAGCUCAUCAACUUCACCAACGGGGAUUCCACGCACAGCAACAUCAUCAGCGGAGGGUACAAUAUUUCCUAUGACGUGACUGCCGACGCCAAUGCCUAUCUUGAUGGCACGACCGUCAGCCUGUCGGGUGGAGGGAUCUUGUUCCCAUAUUAG